AAUAUGGCAAAGCGACUGCACUGAACUGGAGCCGAGGUUUGCAACACAUUGUUGCAAAUAUUUUGAUGAAGAACACGAUGCUCUCCCUCUCGCGUGCCCCGUAACUGCUUCCAUUCAUUCAUUCAGUCCAGUUUGGCUCGAGCACCGUCUUCUCUCUUGGAGAUUUUCCUUCCAGUUUCCUCUCAAUUAUGUUCACUUUCGCUGCCUUUUGCUAUAUGCUUUCCCUUGUCCUCUGUGCUUCUCUCAUCUUCUUCGCGAUCUGGCAUAUAACAGCCUUUGAUGAGCUUCAGGCAGACUUCAAGGUGCCGAUCGAUCAAGGCAAUCCACUCCACGCGCGUGAAAGACUGCGAAAUAUUGAGAGGAUCUGCUGCCUGCUGAGAAAGUUGGUGCUUCCAGAGUACUCUAUCCAUGGGCUCUUCUGUAUCAUGUUCCUGUGUGCUCAGGAGUGGCUUACUGUAGGCCUGAAUAUCCCUCUGCUCUUCUACAACACAUGGAGCAGGUACUUUCACAGCCCCACAGACACUAAGGAGCUUCUCUACGAUCCAGCAUCAGUCAUGAAUGGAGACACACUCAAAUUCUGCCAAAAAGAAGCCUGGUGCAAGAUGUCCUUCUUCAUCCUCUCAUUCUUCUACUAUCUCUACUGUAUGAUCUACUCCUUGGUGACCUCAUAACAGAGUUCUCAACACUGCUCAUAAGACACUGUUUUCCAAAAGCUCUAAACUAGAUUUGGAUGAAACA